AUGGCGUUUCUAAGAACCUAUAGCCUUUGUUUUUUUCCUUUCACGGUACUCCUCUCUUUCUCUACGUUCUUUACCGAUGCAAAGAGGUUUGAAGUCGGAGGUAGCGGCGCGUGGGUUCCAAACCCGCGGGAAAACUAUGGAUCUUUGGCUGGAAAGAGCCGUUUCCUAGUACACGAUACACUCUAUUUCAGCUAUGCUAAAGGAAUGGACUCGGUGCUAGAGGUGAACAAGGCUGAUUACGACGGAUGUAAUACCAAGAAUCCGAUCAAGAAAGUGGAUGAUGGAGAGUCUGAGAUCUCGCUUGAACGUUCUGGUCCGUUCUAUUUCAUCAGUGGCAAUGAAGAUAACUGUAAGAAGGGACAAAAGCUUACUGUCGUUGUCUUGUCUGUUAGGAAUCCGGCUCCUCCUCAAGCUCCAGCACCGGGAAAUUCUCCUCCGGGAUCAAUGCCACCUAAGUCUUCUUCCCCUGUUUCUCCUGCCACUUCUCCACCGGCACCUACACCACCUCCGCCGGGAUCAAUGGCUCCUAAAUCUUCCUCUGCUGUUUCUCCUUCCACUGCUCCACCUGGUUCAAUGGCACCUAAGUCAUCUUCCCCUGUUUCUCCGGCGACUUCUCCACCGGCACCUAUGCCACCUAAAUCUUCUACCCCUGUUUCUCCGUCUUCAGCUCCGGUGACUUCUCCCCCGGGCUCAAUGGCACCUAAAUCUUCCUCCCCUGUUUCUCCGGCAACUUCUCCACCGGGUUCAAUGGCACCUAAAUCUUCCUCUCACGUUUCUCCGGCGACUUCUCCACCUGCACCGAUGCCACCUAAAUCCUCUUCCCCUGGUUCUCCGUCCUCUGCUCCAAUGACUUCUCCUCCGGGAUCAAUGUCACCUAAAUCAUCUUCCCCUGUGUCUCCGUCAUCUUCUCCGGCGACUUCUCCGCCAGCACCUCCGUCAUAUUCUCCGGGUUCUUCACCGCCAGGACCAAUGUCACCAAAAUCUUCUUACGCCGUGUCUCCAUCUUCUGCUCCGGGAGAAUCUCCUUCCUCUGUUUCUUAUUCGCCGUCAGAUUCUCCGUCAGCAUACUCGCCGUCGGAGAUGGGUCCCUCGGGAGAUGCUCCAUCAGGCUCAGCGAUGGGUCCUUCCGGAUAUGCUCCGUCAGCAUACUCUCCGUCGGAGAUGGGUCCCUCGGGAGAUGCUCCGUCAGGUUCGACGGUGGGUCCGUCUGGAGAUGGUCCAUCUUCUUCCGGUGCUAUCACUUCGCCGUCGGAGGCUCCAGUCGAGGAAAAGUCAUCCGCCAAUGGUAUGACCGUUAUGUCGGUAACUACAGUUGUAAGUUUGGUUGUAACCAUGUUUAUGUCAGCUUAAGAACACACUUGGAGGCUAGUUUCAUUCGUGUCUCUACCUUUUUUUAUUUUUGUUAAUUGUUUUUGGAUUCCAUCGUAAUUAUGUAUUAUUGAGUAUAGUUGGAUAAUUUGGAUUGUUGUUUUGUUAUAAUAAAUAAGAGUCACACUAUAUUGUGCUAAA